GUACAAUUCGCAGCCAUGAGCAUGCUCAGGCUUCAGAAGCGUUUGGCGUCCAGCGUCUUGCGCUGUGGCAAGAAGAAGGUAUGGUUGGACCCCAAUGAAACGAAUGAGAUCGCCAAUGCAAACUCCCGCCAGCAGAUCCGCAAGCUGGUGAAGGAUGGGCUGAUCAUCAGGAAGCCUGUGACUGUGCAUUCCCGGGCCCGUUGCCGCAAGAACACCCUGGCCCGCCGCAAGGGCCGCCAUACAGGCAUCGGUAAGAGGAAGGGUACGGCGAAUGCCCGCAUGCCGGAGAAGCUGUCAUGGAUGCGCCGCAUGCGGAUCCUGCGUCGUCUGCUGCGGCGGUACAGGGAGUCGAAGAAAAUUGACCGGCACAUGUACCACAGCCUCUACUUGAAGGUGAAGGGCAAUGUCUUCAAGAACAAGCGCAUCUUAAUGGAGCACAUUCACAAGCUGAAGGCAGACAAGGCUCGCAAGAAGCUCCUGUCUGACCAGGCUGAGGCUCGCCGUUCGAAGACCAAGGAGGCCCGCAAGCGCAGAGAGGAGCGCAUAGCAGCCAAGAAGGAAGAAAUCAUCAAGACCAUGUCGAAGGAGGAGGAGACAACCAAAAAAUGAUUAGACCUUUCACCUGAAACCCAUUUUCAAUGUUAAUAAAAAAAUUGAUC